AACUCAGUAACCCACGAACCAAAAUAAUAUGGAACUCAAUCACGAGACGCAUAAGUUUGGACAGGAAGAUGUUAUUGGCAACAUGCCUGAUAAUGUGAUAACUAAUAUCCUGGAUCGGUUGCCAUUACGCGAUGCGGUUAGGACUGAUAUCUUGUCGAAAAACUGGAGGUGUAAGUGGAAUAUGCUUAGUCAACUGAUAUUUGAUGAGAGGUUCUUUGCGCAUUUAUCACAAACCGAAGACAAAAAUAAUCAUGUGAGAGUUAUAAGUAGGAUUCUUCUUGAUCUUAGAGGUAGCAUUACAAAGUUUGUCCUCUCCAUAGACAACCACGGUUACUCUGUAUUAAACAAUGAAGAUAUUAGUCACUGGAUUCUGUUCUUGUCUCGAAAGGGAAUUAAAGAUCUUACUAUUCAGAAGAGUAACCCGCCGUUACUUAAGUUGCCUAUCCAUCUUUUCUCAUGUUUAGAGUUGAAACAUUUGAAACUUUUUAACUGUUGUUUCAAUCCUCCACCUACUUUUCAUGGGUUUCCAAACCUAUUGAGCCUAGAGUUGUGUAAGGUAGAAUUCGAAAGCGGGAAAUUUGGGGAUUUUUUUACGCGGUCUCCCGUGCUUGAGAUUUUGGAUAUGAGCUUUGCUAAUUUUAAUUGUUUUGGUAAAAUAGCUGAGAUUGCCAAUCUUGCAAGUCUCAAAAUAUUAUCUUUGCUCUUGCGUAAUUUUGAUUAUACCCUAAGUUCUAGUACUAUCUUUGAGCUUCUCGGUUUUCUUCCAAAAAUUCAACAACUUCAUUUGGAUUUUCUAUGGUUUGAGUUAACAGAAGAUGCUGCUAAAAAGAGAUUCCCUACCAACUUUCCCUCUCUCAAGACUCUUAAACUUACAAAAAUAGAUUUAAGCAACGAAAUUAUGUUAUCAUUUGCUUUUGAACUGAUUAGAAGCUUCCAGAAUCUGCAGAUCCUUGAAAUCACAGCAAGCAAAUUGGUUGAUUCGCCUACACCUGAAAUAUGUUCUCUAGAGGUAGACUACAAUACAAUGGGGUUGUUGAAGCUACGAAGUGUUGUCUUUAAAUAUUACAAAGGUUCAGAGAACGAGUUAUGUUUGGUAAAGUAUUUACUUGCGUGUUCCCCUUUCUUAAAGAAGAUUGUUAUUCGUCCCUGCUCGUUUCUAGAGUCCGAUGAAAAGUUUAUGUUUGCUAGGAAGUUGUUGAAGCUCCAUCGAGCUUCCUCUGCAGUUGAUAUCGAUCUAUACUAG